UUGAUUGUAUACUCCUGUGUCCAUGGAGGUGAUUGGAACACCUGAAUCACAUGAUAUGGAGGGGAUUGGAACACCUGAAUCACAUGAUAUGGAGGGGAUUGGAACACCUGAAUCACAUGAUUUGGAGGGGAUUGGAACACCUGAAUCACAUGAUUUGGAGGGGAUUGGAACACCUGAAUCACAUGAUUUGGAGGGGAUUGGAACACCUGAAUCACAUGAUAUGGAGGGGAUUGGAACACCUGAAUCACAUGAUAUGGAGGGGAUUGGAACACCUGAAUCACAUGAUAUGGAGGGGAUUGGAACACCUGAAUCACAUGAUUUGGAGGGGAUUGGAACACCUGAAUCACAUGAUUUGGAGGGUGGGGCCAAUAUUUUUGGCAAUAUAGUGUAUCCUUUUUAAUUAAAAAG